AUGGGCAACACCCAUGAACCUACCCUCCUUGCAUCUGGAUUGGUUGAGAAGAACACUCGCGAUCCUCAUAUGGGACAAAAAUCCCCUGGAAAGAAACUCAUUGUUGACGUCUUUGGUGAUGAAAGCCAAGGGUCGCUGCUCCUGCCGGGUAACUUCAUCGGCAGUGGCCAGGGCAUGGCAAGCGGGCAAAAAGAUACUGUAGCCGCCGUAAUCGAAGUUGAUGACGCGUGCUUCGCUCUGCUCAAAAAGGUCGGUCUCAAGUCACUUGGGUCGUGCAUCGUUGUUGGCCCAGGGCUCUUCACCACUCCCAAAAAGGCCGUGGAGGAUGACAAUGCUGCAUCAUGCCAACGUCAGUCUUUGUUGCUUCUUCUCGGGACUGCGCUCCCUAGCAAGGGUCAGAACACUUACUCCAUGGCGGCAACCCCUUCCGUGAAUUCUUCAUACCCACUGGACGCUGGCAUUAUGAGUUUUAGGUGCCGAAGCUGGUGCACAGCCAAACGAGAGUUGGCUGUGAUGGUCGGGGAGCGGUCAUCAGAGAGCAGACAAGGUGGAAAGAGCAUGUCUACCCCGCCGAUGCGUGCCAGACGGAAACAAAUGGGCGAAGGCGCCCAGGGCAUAACUGGACUCGGAUCUGCAUUCCAUGGCAGGUACAUUGCGGAUACCUAG